AUGAGGAGGGGCGGUCCGGAAGUUGUUAACGGGCAAUAUAUACCUGUUGAGAAUCCCUCGGGCAUGCCAUCGGAGACUGAUCCUCGGGAUUUGGCGUCCCCUUUGAGGCCCACGGAUGAAGCCGAACCUGACAUGUCAUUCCUCGAAGCACUCACUGCAGAAAGUUUGGGUCCUGAUCCUAUCGAGGAGUACGAUAUAUCAAUAUCCUCGACGGGCCUAGAUAUGGUACAUGAUUGGUCCGCAGAUACCUGGUCGGCUGGUAACCAACUUGUCGAAGACAGUACAGACAUCCUGGACAGCUCGCUUCUCGGAUCGUUUUGCGAUCCAAUUUUGUACCAAACACCGCAGGAUCCUUUCGAUCAAUAUCUUUUUACUCACUACAUGGAUACCCUGUCAUUACGACUAUACCCAGUCAAACUAGACAGCAACCCUUACCGUAACGUAUAUGGAUCUUUGGCUACCGAGUCAGAGCCGGUACUAAAAGCGAUCAUGCUCGCCUCUGCUUUUCACCUCUCAAAGUUGGGAAAGUUACCAGCCUUCGCCGUCAAGCCUUACCGGAUGGCAAUGCAACGCUCGUUCCGGGAUGCUUUGAAGACACAAAACGACGAAUGGGCCCUUGGGGCGACCGUUUUUCUUUCCAUUGUCUUCGAUGUCAUCGGCACUGGUAUGGAUACCUGGAGCUCAAAGCUCAUCGGUUGCCGUCAAUUAUUAGAGAGAACACUUUCAAACCGAAACCUUAAAAUGGACUCGGGGCUCCGAUGUAUGCUUUUGCAGUACAAUUGGGCUGUUACAAUGGGGAAAACACUCCUCAGAGGAGUCUUGCCCGCUGCCACAUUCAACGAAUUGAAAUGCAUCGAUGAAAGUGAGAAAUUUCGUACAGCUUCUCAGCGCAUGGGUUCCUCUGCUAACGAGACCCCUUCUUUCUGUCUAGCCUCAGCCCUUCAUGGAGUAGCCGAGGAUAUUGAGAUGGCCCAUCAUCAAUCGCAAUGGUGGGACAACCUACCCGAUUAUCAAAUGCAUAUCUUCUUACGCCAGGCAACUGAAUACUCUCUCACUGUGGAGCGCCUAAAGUUUACUCCGAACGGUACAGACGAACUGCUGCAGCUUAUGCCACAUGUUGCUCAGCUUGUCAACAAAAUCCAAGCCUGGCAGCCGAAUGUCGUAGCGGUCCAACCCGAGUACAUGGAGUCGAUCCACCACUUCAACGAGAUUUGGAGACUGGGUAUGAUAUGUUUCGUUCACGGUGAGAUAUACUGCUUGGAAGCUAGUGAUGACCUUGUCCAGACCUACGUCGAGGCUUCCCUCGAGCCCCUUCGAAAGCUCACCUGGCUCCAGGCUUGUCUGUUCCCCAUGUUUAUGAUCGCGGUGCAUGCGCAGACGGAGGAAGCACGCACAGUCUUCAAUUCCAAGUUGAAGGAGAUGCAUAACGUGCUAGGCUUCCAGGCCCCAUUGUCUGUGGCUUCUGUUCUCAAGAGCAUAUGGGAACGUUCUGAUGCCACUGUGGCGGGGAAGUUCAAAUGGAAAGAGGUCAUUAAAGAUCUUCGCAUGGAAUUGAAUAUUAUUUUAUGA